UCGUUGUGUUUGUGUGUGAUUUCCCUGGAUAUAUACUGGCUAUCUGGCUAUGGCGCGGAGGAAGAUCAAACAGCUCCUGGGGCUGAUAGGUUUACUCACCCUGUUGCCGCUGUGGUACCAGUUCAGCAGCCUCUUCACUGAGAGNGGCCAGUUUGUCCAGCGAGCACAGACCAUCAACGACCAGCUCCACGACCAGGUGGAGGCGCUGCUGACCAGUGGCCGAGACAACGCCCACGUAGACCUGGCCAUCCCUGGAGGGAGACGGCCGGCCGAGGAGAGGAAGUCCUUUAGCUCUCUGCUCUACUACCCUGCCAACGACAGUCGAUCCAACCAGACGACAAUAUUGGAGCCCGGAGCAGAGAACAAUACGCUCACAGGGACGCCGAUCAAUCAGACUUCGAUUCGGGAAAUUCCAGUGGAACUUCCCGGGGUGUACACCUACCUACCCCACACGAGGGGAAACCCCGAUGCCUUGAGGCCUUUGGUGGAGGUGUCCAAAGGGAGGACAGAUGUUCAACUGGUCAUCGGGAUACCAACCAUCCAUCGUACCGUGGCGGACUACUUAGAGGAGACCCUUCACUCUCUCAUCUCUAACCUGCCACCUAGCGACGCCAGACAGUGUCUCAUUCUGGUCUUUGUGGCCGAGCCCUGGAACGUGACUCGUGUCAACCUGACCGUCGCCAGACUACAGAACAAGUUUCCCUCGGAGAUGUCCUCUGGUCUACUGGACGUGAUCUCUCCACCGCCAGAUUUUUACCCGGACCUCGACAGACUCAAGAUCACCCUCAACGACUCCAAGGACAGAGUCAAAUGGCGUACCAAGCAGAAUCUGGACUACGCCUUUCUCAUGCUGCAAGCCUACCAGAGAGGGAAAUACUACAUACAG